AUGUCUAAUUGUUCUAAUAGAAAUUAUGUAAAUGUUAUAUCACUUACUUAAAAUAAUCUAAUUAUUCUCUUCAUGUAAGUGCAAAUUUACUUUAUUUCAAUAGUAUAUUUAUUUAACUAUAAAACAUAAAACUUAAAAUAAAACAUAAAUACAUAAAUAAAGUAGAUCAGACAAUUAUUCAGUUUGAAGCCUUUAACAUAAAUACAUGUAGCAAUACAUUUAGUUGAAUGCUUAAUCGUAAGUCUAUUGAUUUUGUUGAUUUUGCUAAUAUUAUUAACGGGUCUAAGUCUAUUACUAUUAUACAUAAUAAGAAGAAGCAGCAACAUUCUUUGGCUUGAAAAUCUCAAUCAGAGUGUCAAUAUAAUGUUUGUUAUUUACAAAAGUAGUAAGAAUGCCCUAGUCUUAAUGUCCUUCUCUUUAUAGAGCUUUCCUUAAUUCAGGAUACUCGAAAAUGCCUUCAUUAGCAACCAUUUCAUUAAUUUUUUCGAUUAUUUUUUACUACUAUCAUCACUGGAGUUUUUAUUACUAUCAAACAACGCCAAUUCUUUGAUUACUUAUGCAUUUGACUAAUCAAUUUUCUACUCGAUGUAUAGCCUUUAUUUAUCAAUUAACUAUUUAAGUUCUUCAUAAGCUUAUAAUGAUAGUACCACAGAAAAAGACGUGGAAUGA